CGCCCUGAGAUCGUGAUGGACACCACCAUGGGCCCGGCGCCGACGGCGGCCAACGACGCGGUGGGCUGCCCGGCGUCGGCGCACGGGGCCCCGAUCAUGUCCGCGUCGCCCGCCGCCGGCGAGGCCUCGCUGGGGCGGCACCUGGCGCGCCGCCUGGUCCAGGUCGGCGUCGGCGACGUCUUCGCCGUGCCCGGGGACUUCAACCUCACGCUGCUCGACCACCUCAUCGCCGAGCCCGGCCUGCGCCUCGUCGGCUGCUGCAACGAGCUCAACGCCGGCUACGCGGCCGACGGCUACGCGCGCGCCCGCGGCGUCGGCGCCUGCGCCGUCACCUUCACCGUCGGGGGGCUCAGCGUGCUCAACGCCAUCGCGGGCGCCUACAGCGAGAACCUCCCCGUCAUCUGCAUCGCCGGCGGGCCCAACUCCAACGACUACGGCACCAACCGCAUCCUCCACCACACCAUCGGCGUCCCCGACUUCUCCCAGGAGCUCCGCUGCUUCCAGACCAUCACUUGCUACCAGGCUGUGGUCACCAAUUUGGACGACGCACACGAGCAGAUCGACACCGCGAUUGCCACGGCGCUCAGGGAGAGCAAGCCCGUGUAUAUCAGCAUCAGCUGCAAUCUCCCCGGGCUACUGCAUCCCACCUUUACCCCGGAUCCAGUCCCCUUGUUCCUCGCCCCCAAGAUGAGCAACAAGAUGGGGCUCGAGGCUGCAGUGGAGGCAACUGUCCACUUCCUGAACAAAGCGGUGAAGCCAGUCCUAGUUGCCGGCCCCAAAUUGCGCGUGGCAAAGGCAGCAAAGGCCUUCGGGGACCUUGUAGAUUCCAGUGGCUAUGCCUAUGCGAUAAUGCCAUCGGCCAAGGGGCUUGUGCCAGAGACGCACCCGCACUUCAUUGGCACCUACUGGGGCGCCGUCAGCACCGCGUUCUGUGCCGAAAUUGUUGAGUCGGCCGACGCGUACCUCUUCGCAGGCCCUAUCUUCAAUGACUACAGCUCUGUUGGCUACUCUUUCCUGCUCAAGAAGGACAAGGCUAUCAUCGUGCAGCCUGAUCGUGUAACCGUUGGGAACGGCCCGGCAUUCGGCUGCAUUAUGAUGAAGGAGUACUUGUCUGAAUUGGCUAAGCGGGUUCAGAAGAACACCACUGCCUACGAGAACUACAAGAGGAUAUUUGUCCCUGAGGGUCAUCCACUGAAGGGCGAGGCGAACGAGGCGCUGCGUGUCAAUGUGCUCUUCAAGCACAUCCAGAAUAUGCUUACGAGUGACAAUGCAGUUCUAGCCGAGACCGGUGACUCCUGGUUCAACUGCCAGAAGCUGAAGCUGCCUGAGGGCUGCGGGUAUGAAUUCCAAAUGCAGUACGGUUCGAUUGGAUGGUCAGUGGGUGCAUUGCUUGGGUACGCACAAGGAGCAAACGACAAGCGUGUCAUUGCCUGCAUUGGUGAUGGUAGCUUCCAGGUGACAGCACAGGAUGUGUCGACUAUGCUGCGGUGCGAGCAGAACAGCAUAAUCUUCCUGAUCAACAAUGGUGGAUACACCAUCGAGGUGGAGAUCCACGAUGGACCUUAUAAUGUCAUCAAGAACUGGAAUUACACCGGCCUUGUGGACGCCAUCCACAAUGGGGAGGGCAAAUGCUGGACUGCCAAGGUGAAGUGCGAGGAGGAGCUUACGGCGGCGAUAGAGACUGCGCUAGGGGAGAAAAAGGACUCCUUCUGCUUCAUUGAAGUGAUCGCGCACAAGGACGACACCAGCAAAGAGCUUCUGGAAUGGGGCUCCAGGGUCUCUGCUGCCAACUCUAGGCCACCGAACCCUCAGUAGACCAAGCAUGCGCGGCUCAAUUGUAGCAGUAGUAGCAACACGUUGGCUGUUGGGCGCCAUCAAAUAAUGUGAACAAUUUGCCUUUGGCCUUCUGUUAUAUGUUCCUCUGUUAUGUAGUUAGUUCUGUGUCUAGUUUUUAAGCCCAUCCCGUGUUUUACCCUGCGAAUGCUACGACGAUUAUGAGACUUUUUUUAGCUUGCCUUGGCUAUUUGUGUACUAGUAUCUGCUAUGAAAAUGUUUGGCCGGGUAAAAUUGAAAAUCA